AUGCCAGAAGGUGGAAGGACCAGCCAGCUCCAGAAAAACAGAAAACUGAGUGUGCUGGCCAAGGGCGACCUGCAGUCCACCUUACUGGAAGGGCACGGGGCGGCCCCACCGGACCUGGAUCUCUCUGCCAUCAAUGAUAAAAGUGUGGUGAAAAAGACUCCACAGUUAGAAAGAACAAUGGGACAAAGGAAUGAUUCAAACUCAUUUUCUUCUGCACGGAAAAAGAGCCAAGAUUUAUCCGAAUCUAUGGACAUGAUGGAGUCACAGACUUUGCUCUUCACACUGCUGACCAUCAAGAUGGAGAAGAGCCUCGCCUUGCUGGAGGAGAAGGCAGAAAGCAAACUGUUGGCCAUGUGCCGAGAGCAGGAGACGCUCCAGAAGAAGGUGCAAGAGCUUCGGCGCAGACGGCUGCUCGGGCAGAGGACGAAGGAGCUGCUGGGCUUGGUGGACGUGCAGGCUGAGCUGCUCAGUCCCUUCGUGGCGGUGGCUGAACGCUUCAAGGAGCAGUACAAGACCUUCGCGACAGCCCUGGACUCCACUCGGCACGAGCUGCCCGUCACAGCCAUCCACAUGGAGGGCAGCAGCCAGCAAUUCCUGGAUGACCUGCAGAAGGAGCUGGCUACCACACCCUUCCUGCUGGGUGACCUUGGGGCCAUCCCCUUGGAGGAGAGUGUGAAAGCGCUGGACUUCCUGAGUGAACUCAAAGAGGUGAUCUCAAAGAAGGACUCGGAGCUCCAGAGGAGUUUCACCCAGGUGCUGGACCUUUCCGCUGAAGUAAGCAAGGAGGCAGCCUUAAUUAACCAGGACGUCUGGGAAGGGGUCCAGGGCUUAGAGGCCCUGAGACUGUGGUACUUCCACCGCGAUGGUGACAGCAGGGACCUCUGUGGCAGAGACCCUCAGAGCAGGCUCUUCCUGGUCAGCAAGGAGCCGUGUGCACCGUGA